AGCUUCAUUCCACCACGGAGAAGCCAGUUGAAGGUGUCGGUUACAGCUCGAGUGGAUUCUUUAAUUUGCGAUCACGUCAAAACUUUCUGGAAGGAACGUUUAUUUACAAAUAUAUUUGUUUUAUUGGCUGGAAAGACGUGAAGUUAACUACAUAUUUCGUACUGGAAUAUAGGUCGAAUUCUGUGAUCUAACGUUACAAAGAAACUAGCUAGCGUGCUAACAAAGAAAAUCCUUUCUCUUGACAAAUAAUCCUCACUAUUCUCUUUAGUUAUGAGUCAUGUGGUCGUCGAUAAUCCACACGGUCUAGAUCAGCAGCUGGCUGGCCUAGACUUGAACUCUGACGGACAGGGAGGAGGUACCGGCAGGCGUUACAUUCCACCUCACUUGAGGAACAAAGAGGUGUCCAAAAACGAGAAUGCUUAUUCCUCUGGUAGACAGUACGGUUAUUCUGUACCACCACCAGUAAACUUCUUUUUUCCUAAGCAGUACCAUCAGACAUGGCAGCCUGAAGGCCACCAAAGACACAGAAAUAGCUAUCCACCUGGAUGGGAUGACGGUAACCCAAGACUGGCCUCUCAGGAGCCUGUCUCUCACCACUUCCACGGUGGGAGCUGCUCUGACAGCUGGGACUCUUCGGGCGGAUGGGAAAGCGGACGCAGCAACGGCUUUGCCAACGGUUACCAUGACAACCGCAAUGGGGGCUUCGGGGGACGCAGUGGGCCUCCCCGAAAUGACAGAGGUGGGCGUGGCAGCUACCGCAGUAACACCAUGGGUGGCCCCCCGUUUAAUCAGCCAGUGCACGCCGCAGGGUUUGGUGGGCAGGACAGUGGAGGCUGGGGCGGGGCUCCCAGGCAAGACGCAGCCUAUAACAGCUUUGGAGGGAGGGGAAAGUCAUCCUUCUACAACGACCGUGGGUCAUCGGGUGGCAGAGGAAGUUAUCAACGUGGAGGUUAUGGCGGUGGAGGCAACAGCCGCUGGCAGGAAGACUCCAGGGAGGACGAGGACUGGUCCAAACCCAGCCCCCCCAAUGAACGCCUGGAAGCGGAGCUGUUCUCAAGCGGCAACACCGGUAUAAACUUUGAGAAAUACGAUGACAUUCCUGUGGAGGCCACAGGAACCAACUGUCCACCACACAUCGACAGUUUCCACGAUCUGGAUAUGGGUGAGAUCAUUAUGAGCAACAUUGCCCUGACCCACUACUCACGCCCCACCCCGGUCCAGAAGUACGCCAUCCCUGUCAUCAAGUCCAAGAGGGACCUCAUGGCCUGCGCUCAGACUGGCUCGGGUAAGACUGCAGCCUUCCUGGUGCCGGUGCUGAGUCAGAUCUAUACACAGGGACCGGGUGAUGCCUCGGCAGCUGCCAAAAACGGACAGGACAGCGGUAAAUAUGGUCGUCGUAAGCAGUACCCCCUCUCCCUGGUCCUGGCCCCCACCAGAGAACUGGCCCUGCAGAUCUAUGAGGAGUCCAGGAAGUUUGCGUAUCGCUCACGCGUCCGUCCCUGCGUGGUGUAUGGUGGGGCAGAUAUCGGCCAACAGAUCAGAGACCUGGAACGAGGCUGCCACCUGCUGGUGGCCACACCUGGGCGCCUGGUGGACAUGAUGGAAAGGGGCAAGAUCGGCCUCGACUACUGCAACUACCUGGUGCUGGACGAAGCUGACAGGAUGUUGGACAUGGGCUUUGAGCCCCAGAUCCGACGCAUCGUGGAGCAGGAUACAAUGCCACCCAAAGGCAUCCGCCAGACUAUGAUGUUUAGUGCCACCUUUCCCAAGGAGAUUCAGAUGCUUGCCCGUGACUUCCUGGAGGACUACAUCUUCCUUGCCGUCGGCCGUGUCGGCUCCACCUCUGAAAACAUCACCCAAAAAGUGGUUUGGGUGGAGGAGGGGGACAAAAGGUCCUUCCUGCUGGACCUGCUCAAUGCAACAGUCAUUCCCAGUGAUGCUCCUGAUGUUCAGGAGGCUGCAGUGACACCCGGUAAAGAGUCUCUAACCCUGGUGUUUGUUGAGACGAAGAAGGGAGCAGACGCCCUGGAGGACUUUCUGUACCGCGAAGGCUAUGCCUGCACCAGUAUCCACGGUGACCGCUCACAGAGAGACCGAGAGGAGGCAUUAAAUCACUUCCGCUCUGGGCGCUGCCCGAUCCUGGUGGCCACUGCGGUGGCUGCCCGUGGUUUGGACAUCUCCAACGUCAAGCAUGUAAUCAACUUUGACCUACCCAGCGACAUCGAGGAAUACGUCCACCGUAUUGGUCGUACAGGCCGAGUGGGAAACCUGGGUCUGGCCACAUCGUUCUUCAACGACAAAAACAGCAACAUCACCAAAGACCUGCUGGACAUCCUGGUGGAGGCCAAGCAGGAGGUUCCUUCCUGGUUGGAAAGCCUGGGCUAUGAGAACCCCCACAAGGGCAACACGGGACGUGGACGCUCCAAGAGGUUCUCCUCUGGUGGAUUCGGUGCCAGGGAUUAUCGUCAGACGCCCGGCGGCGGCGGCUUCGGGAGUGGCAGCGGGCGCGGUGGGGCACGCACUGGAGGCCACGGCGGCGGAGGAGGGAGCAGAGGCGGUUUUGGUGGAGGUGGCUUUGGAGGCGGAAACUUCUAUGGCGGCAAUGACGCCGGCUACGGUGGCAACUACAGCCACUCCAGUAGUGGAACAGACUGGUGGGGCAACUAGUCACCAUAGCUACCUGGCCGCCACGCCAACCGAACCCAUCUCCUCAUGGAAACCACAUGUUGACUGCGCCAGACUUAAAUGACCCCCCUCACCCUCCCCCCUCACCCAGCCCUGUGUAGUUUCACUGACACACAGUACAUUACACACAUGGUGAUUUUCUGCCCCUUCGCCUCUCCCAUGUGGAGUGCAACGCAAACGCGAAGGCUAAACCAGUGCGGUGCCAAUCCGCUGGGCAAGAGCAGGGAUUUGCACACCUUUUUUUUUUUAGAUUGUAAGUGUGUGCAGGUACGGAUGCUGACGUGAAUGGUCAGACUUAGCAACUCAGACCGUCGUUGUCGAACACAGCAAAUCCUUUAUUUUUUUAUUUUUAUUUGUACAAACAAACUAAACAAGAAUAACCUGAGGAUCAUUUGUAUGUUAAUGUACUGUGCCUUUUGAAUUUAGACAGGAACAAUUCUGUGUUGUCAUUUCACCAAAUGAAUGUGGCCAAGAGCUCUAAAUUAUUGUUCAGUUUUUUUUUGUUUUUAUUUGGUGAAAAUAGAAGCAUUGCAGAAAAACAAGCUUAAGUACUUAAUCAAACCUUGGCAAACACUGGGGCAUUGUGGCUCCCUCGAGUCAUGAAUCCAUUUAAACUUUUCAAAAUUGUUGCAGGGACAUCAUGUAGCCUUUGCUCGAGUUCAAACCCGAGUUCUAGACCGCUAACAACAUCACUGUAGAUUCCGAUCUCCCUGGGCCGUUCUCGUAGUGUGGCUAAUAGAACUGUAUUCUAAUCUUUAAGGGACGAAGAGUUCGAUAACUUUUUUUCUUUUUUCGCUCACUCUAUCCUGGAUAGACGCCUCUACUAAGGAUAUGGUAGUCUUUGGAAAAGCCAUUCCAGUUGUGAUCUUUUAAUUAACACAGUUGUUCAGCUCAGUGCUAACAAACGCACACUGGGGUUUAAUUUGAACAACCCAAAAAACUCAAUGUUGGAACUUGUUACUCCACAUCGAUUUAAUUAACUUGACAGUGUUAUGGCAGCUAGUAAGUUUCUUAACCCGCUAGCUAAAAUAACUGGGCGGUGUCGUUUGUUUGUUUACUUAAACCAGAAACAUUUAAAGAGCAGGCUUGUGGGUGUGGUAUUGAGAAACUAAUUUAGUUUUUCGAUUUUAAGUGGAAUGUUUCUUCUACAAACCUGUAUCAAAACGAAAUAUGCCCGCCGUCUCUGAAGGGACGUUUCAAAUGGCUGCAUUAAUGGACCACAGCGUCGGGGGUGGGGGGAGUGGGCGGAGCGUCUGGGGUGGGAGGGGGCACAGUGUGGCGCGGCGUUAACCCGUCUUAGCGUUGACCGUGCAGCCAAGCCGGUAUUUACGCAUGCUAGUGUUUUGUUUUUUGGUCAAGGAGAUAUAAGACAAAUGAACUGAGUCGCAGGCUUAACUUAAUAAUAAAAUAAAAAAAACGUUUUCUCUUUUCAAGCUGCGUUGGAGGCAUGGUUCAUCUAUCAGACAGGCAGGGGGAGGUCCGUCACAAUGGGGUUAACCAGUCACUAUGGGGUUAACCAGUUGCUAAGGGUUUAACCAGUAAGAGUGGAGGGACUGUACGACAGGACAGAUGUGCCCUGGGUUGGGUUGUGGGGUGAAGCUCAGGGGUCAGGGAGCAAGUUAUCAGUGCACCUCCGUUGCUUUGGUUUCCAUUGCUCCUUAAUGUAGCUGUGGAAGUGGCCAAAGAUGGGGACUAUGGUCUCCUUCCUUAUGGUACAUACGUACUGUCGACUCCGUCAGGGGUUCAUCUGCUUUAGAUGUGUAUAAAGCUCUGGUUCAGAAUGGCCAGACGAGGCUUUUCCUCUCAGAGAGGAGCAGCCGAUGUGAGGAGGAGAGCCGGGGUGUUUUGGCGAUGUCCAAUGGCCCCCGUGUUUCUCCUCAAGUGUGUCGUGCCUUUUGAAAACUUUUUUAAAAUACAUUGAUGAACAUAAGCUGACAGUGUUUGAGAUCUUGGAUUGAAUGGUGCUACUUGAGUUUAGGUAUGUAGGCCCUCUUUGUUGUCGUGCACAUCAAGUUUUACAAAAGUUAUUUUAUUGCACAUCUAGAGUUUUAUAUAAAUGUCUUGAAUACGUGUCCUUAAGCUUCCAAAUAUUGUGUGCGAGGAGAUUGUGAAAAAACGCAGCUUGUUUACCAAGGGAGGGGUUCUCAACAUUUAACCAGGAUUUAUUUGGGACCAGGGGGUUAAGCAGGGGGAAUUUAGCCAUUUGCACACAGAUUUCUAGAUUCUACUUUUGCUGCUAGUUUUGUGUAAUUUAUUAAGCAUUUUUGAGAAAUAUUUAUUUUUGUAAGCCUAAAAGUGAUUCUUUGAAAGUUUCAAGAAACUUGACCAAAAGACAGUAACAAAAACACUGGCACUUGAAUGUUGAAUGUCACCUGUAUGCGUGAAUUUAUAUAUUUCGGGGUAGUGUGAGCUUUUUAAUGUUUAAGACAUUGGACUCGGUCAACAAUAAUAUCCACCGCUGUUUCAAGGCCUCAGUGCCCUGACAUCUCUAAAUAUUAGAUAGUCCAAUUGGCCUUCAAAAAGAAAAAUGGAAUUUAAACAUGCCAAGGUUUGGAAUUAAAGUUCUCAAAAGAGCAAAAGCAAAAUUUCCAAAACGUAUCUGUGCAGAAGUGUUUGGGAUUAUCCAGUUGUGUGUGUUAUAUUACCUUUUUUUUUUUUUCAGUGAAUGUCUGGCAAAUGGCAAUCUUAAAACAAAAACAUGUGGUUUGUUCUCUAUUGUUGCGAUUGCAUACAUGGCACCUCUAGGGAUGUGUUACCUCAGAGUAUUGGGCAGGUCUCAGUUGCAGUUGUUUUCCACUGUAGCAGCACAUUGAACUACUAGCCUGACCACAGACUUCCAUCCCACAAGGCUACAAGCAACACUUGCUCAGUGCCCUGAGGAGAAAUACCCAGAGCUCUUUAGAUGUAGACUUUGCUUUCUGUACUAGCUUAGAGGCUAAUGCACUGCAUGGGGGAAAAGACUAUGCGUGCGAUUUAUUGUAUGAUUUUACCAAAAUAAAGUUUGAAUGCGAAAAUA